AUGGUAUUCCUUAAAGUGUUUUGUUCAAUUCUAUUGUGUAACUCAGUGAGGGCGAUAUUUUUCUCCCCCACAGUAGAAAUAGAGCAAGGGAAAUUAAGGGGAGUGCGGGGCGGGGCGGGGAUAAACCAGUACUUCGGGAUUCCUUACGCUAUUAGUGAGAGAUUCCAGCCGCCAAGAGAACCAAGAAGAUGGGAAGGCAUGUUUAACGCAAUGAACAGCAUCUCGGCGUGUGCGCAGGCGCGCGGCGCCCUGAUCCUCACCAACGAGGAUUGCCUCGAGCUGGACGUCUACACCCCCCAGAACUCCAAGCCUGGUGACAAGCUCCCUGUGUUCGUAUUCUUCCACGGAGGAUCAUUCUUCUCCGGCACGAAGACUUUAUACAAUCCAGAAUUCUUAGUCACUAAGAAUAUAGUAGCAGUCACGGUCAAUUACCGCUUGGGUGUUCUAGGAUUUUUAUGUCUCAAUGGAGUCGCAAAUCUAGGCCUUAAAGAUCAAGCAGCAGCGCUAAGAUGGGUGAGAAAGAAUAUAGCCGCGUUCGGAGGAGACCCGGACCACGUCACUAUAGCUGGACAAAGUGCCGGCUCUGCAGCCACUUCUAUGCAUUUGCUCUCAGAACACAGUGCAGGAUUAUUUCACAAAGCCAUCUUAAUGAGCGGCAAUGCACUAGCUCCUUGGACUUUCAACGUAGACCCACUUAGAGCUGCAUUGGUUGACGCUAAUAAAAUAGCCAAAGCAGAAACGGAAGAGGACGUCUAUAAAAUCUUUGCUUCGUCACCAAUACGUGAACUCCUGACGACGACGCGUGAUGUAAGCACGAAUUUAAGAAGUUUUAAGUACGCUCCGUGUGUCGACAGCAAUACGAACGAUCCCUUUUUCCGUGAUACUCCUUACGAGAUUAUCAAAUCUGGUAACUUCAAUAAAGUGCCCGUGUUAGUUGGUACUACCGAUCAGGAAGGCAUUACAUUUUAUGGUAGUAGCAAUAGAAGCACUUUCGUUGAACUCAACACUAAUUUUACCGAGCAACUGCCAGCUGUAUUUGCGUGCUCCGAAGAAGACAGGGAAGUGAUUGCUGAUAAAGUGCGCGCCUAUUAUUUCGGGAGACAGCCCAUAAAUGAGAAGGCAGUUAGGAGAGUUGUCAGAUAUGCCUCAGAAUGGGCAGUUCAUGCUACUUAUGACGCUUUUAGUCAACUUUUGGCGGAGCAUAGCGGUGAACCUGUUUAUAAAUACGCGUUCUCCUAUGAUGGUGAUCGGAACUUCAUCAAGAUAUUUUCUGGAGGGGCCGCGUCUGUGUUGAAGGGUGCGGCACAUGGAGAUGAUUUGUUCUACCUGUUCAAGCCGGCUGGUCUGCCCAUCCCGUCGACGAAGCGAGACAAGCUGUUCAUUGAGAGAUACACGAGCAUUCUGGCAAACUUCAUAAAAUAUUCGAACCCAACUCCUCACCCCACGAGUCUCAUUCCUGAAUGGCCUCCGUCGACCAGCUACGAAUCCUAUAUCAUGCAUUUCGACCGCGCUCUCAAGGUGACCAGGGGUCCUUACCACAGAGACACCUUCUUCCUGGACCUGCUGUGCUCAUAUGGUCUACACGGUCAUGUCCCAUGUCGCAGCCAGGAGCUGUGUCACCCAGAUGUAUAUGAUAUAGUGUCUCCGGGUCCAGAGGAACAGAAUUGGUGUUAUUGGUUUUUGAAUAGCCAACAAUGA